AUGCUGAGAUUAAUAUGCAUCGGGUUGGUGCUGUCGGCGGUGCGGGCCGGGGCCCAACAGAGUGCGUACUACGCGCCUCAGACCUUCAAACAGAUGUCGGCGGCAUCGCUGUUCCGGCCGGCAUACGAGCCCUUCGACACCGCAGUGAGGAAUCAGAAAAUAGUAAGAAAAUCAGAACUGCUAGGUGUCGCUCAAGGUGCAGUGCUAGUGGCGGGCAUGUUAACCAUC